AUGUCUUCUAUAUCAGUACCUUCUACACCAACGCGCUCCACCACUUUGGUAGAGUCUCCGAGUUCUCCCUCCGAUAAACUGGCACGGGCACGGGCUGCCCUUCUAUGUACCCCUGGUGCUCAGCGGAUCUCUCUGCACUCAGCUCACAGCAGUCCUUCGUCAUCCGGAUCGCCUCAUACCCCUCAAUCCAGUCCUCCGAGCUAUAGGUCUACUCGAGCUAGUCCCACGUCUCCUACUUCGGCGAUGACUAAACGCGUCUAUCCUUCAUUCGCGGCGGCAGCGCAGGGCAAAUCUGAAGCCGACAACGACGGUGACUGGAGAUAUCGUGCAGAAACCAAUGCCAUCAAGGUCACAAAAGAAAUCAGCCCCAACAACUCCAACAGUUCUGGUGACGAAAAUGAACUACUGCCUACUCCUUCCCUAGCGCAUUCUCGAACCUUCUCAGAGCAAUCACCAGACUCUUCGCUAUCUCUUCAGAGCCAUUUGGACGAAGAAUAUCAGGUGUCCUUAUUCACUACUCCCCCUAAGCGCCCUCUCAGUCGACUGCGAGGCAGCGUUUCUGAUCCACCACUGACGAGAAGUCGCUCGUAUACUCUAGAGAACUCUCUGGGGCGCAUUGAAACCACUGUCGAGGCCCGAUUGAGAGCAAUAAUGCACGAGAACGAGCUGUCCCCUACGACCGAUUCUCCUAGGUCUGCGGGUGAGGGCCGUACUCGUCUCGACAACCGUCCGCGCCUUAAUCCACGCUUUCCUUCCAUCGGAACUCAUUCCCCUCCCGCAGCUUCCUGCUCGGUCUGCGGCAUUUGUUCUUCAGUUCCCACUCGGUUUUCGAUCCUCGAGCCGUGUCGUCAUCUCAUAUGCUGUAAUUGUCUGACUGGCUCUCUCAAUAUUGUGCGUGAGAAGGACAUGAUGUGCGCCCUCUGUCGUUCCCCUGUUCAGGACUUUAAGCUCCUCGCUCCUCUUCCACUCGCACUCGAAGACGGCCCUUCCAUCGGCACCCCAUCGCGAAAAGCCUUGAUCGACUCUGCUACGUCUGUUAUGAGAGCACCUGCCGUCCAGCGUGGCGCCAUAAAGGAUCUGGCUGCUUCGCGAUCCCACACUUCGUUGACUUCUACCAUCCUGCGAGUGGAUAACGUUCCCUGGGAUAUUGUUCCGCCUAUGGUCGAGGAAUGGGUUGGAGAACCAAUCAUAGCCGCAUAUACCUUGAUUGAUCGACACUCCGGAAAGACGUUUAGCCACGCAUUUAUUGAAUUUGGGACCGCCGAUCAAGCACGCUCAGUUCUGCGCAAACUGCAGAAUGCUGUACUCGGCAAAGGGAAGCGAACGAUGGCGGUAACCGUGACGAUGUCUUCACAGGAAGAACUGAUGACGGAGCUGUAUCCCUCCUGGGGUGGAGAGUUUAUUGGCGCUUGUCCCAUUGUGACGGAUUAUACGAAGCUGCGCGACCAGUCCGCCUUACCAUGCAUACUUUCCCACAAAGAACUUGAAUCCCUCGUCCUACUGCUUGAAAAUCCAAAUCCUCGUUUCGUGAAGACACCUGCGCUGCCGUACUAUGAACUGAUAGGUAUCCUGAAGAAGAUUCCCCAGGAAUGGAUGGGUUGUCUGUCGAUCGAGAUCCGCGACCACCUCUUUGACUUGUGUUCCUAUGCGAUCAAGUUGCUCCGCACCCAGGUUCAGCAGAACUACAACUAUCAUCCGGACGUGAACAACGACUUGAUACUAGAACUUGACCGAUCCAUCCAUACCUGUGCUGCAUUCGACAGCUUGAUCAGCACCACGUCUGUCUCCUUCACUACGUCCACCCCAAUUAAAGAGGCAAUACGACUCUCUGUCUCAGAUACCUCGAUGCCGUCCAAUAUCAGAAAUGCCACUCCAGUCACCAGAAGCAGCAUGAUUCAGCGCUUUGCCAGCGAGUUUAAUGUUGGAGGGAUGGAUAAUGGCCGUAUUCUCGAUUAA